UCACGAAGUGGGGUCAUUUCGAAGGGUGGCUCUCUCGCGUAAUCACGGUGUUGCUUUUGUUUCGCUAAGCAGGAAGUAGAAUGUGCUAUGGUGCAUUAGCAGCUGCUAAAACUCUCGAAUUGUAGUGCAAUACUAUGAGCAAUACAGAUUCCGUUCGGGUCAAGUUGUUGUUUUUCGCGAAAUCCCGGGAGCUAGCCGGAGUCUCUGGCACGGACGAUUUCCUGGUGCCGCACGCUGAAAUCAAGUGCUCCGAGCUGCUCGAUCUGAUCUGUAAUCGGUACAAUCUCUCCAUCAUCCGCAACAAUGUUAUACUAGCCCAUAACGAGCAGUACUGUGCCGAUCUGAGCGAAACGAUACGCAUACGCAACGGGGACGAGCUGGCUGUGAUACCACCCAUCUCCGGAGGGUAG